AUGGAACCUCCGAAGGACCAACACACGCCGGAGAAAUCUCCCUCCGAACCUCCUUCCUCCGCCUAUCCUCCCUCUGGCUGCUGUACUAACUGCGGCGGACCAACGAUUUCCGAACCGCCACCUCUAGCUUCACUGCCAGAGAUGUCACCGCCACCGAACUAUCGCCCGAUCCGAGCUCCAGCGAUCAACCUUCCACACAACUCUCAGGCGAUCAUCCUCUCUCCAGUUCCUCACGCCGAGCGAGUCCCCGUCGUCACUCCGCCGUACCAAUUCCAAUCCCCCGUCAAGAGAAUCCACUCCCCCGACGAUAUCCGCCGCUUCCAGGAAUCCCCCUCUUGUAAGAAUUUCUUAGGAUUCAUAGUCUCUCUCUCGGAAUCGAUCUGCGGACACAAAAUCUCAGAUCAUUGCCACGUCUCACCAACCGUCGCCGCCAUAGUUUCAAUCCUCGAGACCUUGUUGCAAUGGAUCGACGAGAUUCCUCCGGCUCAAAUGUCGUCUCGAUACGGCAACAUCUCGUUCCGCUCGUGGCACGAGAGGCUCGCCGAGAGAGGCGAAUCGCUUAUCCUCGAGUUUCUCCCCGACGAAUUCAAAGGAUCCACAAUCGAGAUCGUUCCUUACUUCUUCGACAGCUUCGGGAACGGAAGCAGAAUCGAUUACGGAACGGGACACGAGACGAAUUUCGCGGCGUGGCUGUAUUGCUUAGCGAAGAUGGGGAUCGUCAAGGAAGAAGAUUAUCACGGCGUGGUGGCUAGGGUUUUCGUCAAGUACCUUGAGCUGAUGAGGAAACUGCAGAUGGUUUAUUGCUUGGAACCUGCUGGUUCUCAUGGAGUUUGGGGGCUUGACGAUUACCAUUUCUUGCCCUUCAUAUUUGGGAGCUCGCAGCUGAUUGAUCACAAGUAUAUGAAGCCGAAGUCGAUUCACAACGACGACAUUCUGGAGAAUUUCUCUGGUGAAUACAUGUACUUGUCCUGUAUUGCGUUUGUGAAGAAGGUGAAGAAAGGGUUGUUCGCCGAGCACUCGCCGUUGCUUGAUGAUAUUAGCGGUGUACCGAACUGGAAGAAAGUGAAUAGCGGUUUGCUUAAGAUGUAUAAAGUCGAAGUGCUCGAGAAAGUCCCCAUUAUGCAGCAUUUCCUCUUUGGCUGGCUUAUCAAAUGGGAGGAGUGA